UUGAAGGCUGAGCCGUCACCGAGGCGUGGACAGGACUGGCAGAUGGAUCCCACCAGCAGCAGCUGCAUGCGCAGCCCACAGCCCCCCCCUGCCCUCUGGGGGUGCAUGAGGAGCACCCACAUGGACGUCAGCACAGCCCCAGGGCUGAACCACUGCCCAGCAGCACCGUUCUCCUUCCACCAGAGACCAGACUUUGAUGCUUACUCCGAUUUCUCCCCCUCCUGCUUGGUGGCGGCUCCCCAGAGCUUCCCACGGGAGGAACGAGCCUUUGGGGAGCAGCAGCACCCUCUCCAACACUCUGCCUGGCACCUGGCAGCACCUGAGAGCACGAGACAACUCAACCCAGAACAGGCCUUGGCAUCUGGGCAGUUAGAGGGCAGCAGCCCAGACCCAGCGGGUGUGCCAGCGGGGCUGGAUGGAGACGAAGAGGCACCAGUGAACACCACAAAGGACACUGAGAAAAAGCCACCCAAAAGAAAAAAGGAAAGCUCAGAAAACCAGAGCUCGGGCAGCAAGACAGAAUCCCACAGCAAAUCGCGGAAGGAAAGGACAGCUUUCACCAAGGAGCAGCUGCAGGAGCUGGAAGCUGAAUUUGCCCACCACAACUACUUGACAAGGCUCAGGAGAUACGAGAUAGCUGUGAACCUGGACCUCACCGAAAGACAAGUCAAAGUGUGGUUUCAAAACAGAAGAAUGAAGUGGAAACGUGUUAAAGGUGGGCAACCAGUGUCCCCACAGGAACAUGACACAGAAGAUGUGGACUCUGCUGCCUCUCCCAGCUCUGAGUAGUCCUUGCAGCAAAGGGAGAGGAGUCUGGAGAAAGUGAUGGAUCAGAAUGUGGAUGCAACACUGCUUUGGGUCAGCUACUCCAAGAGAUCAUCCUGCUUGCAAAUCCUGUAGCCCACAGUCUUUAAGAGGUUUAUGAUGCUUUAAUUUGCAGAGGCAAUUAAAGAGCACAGGGGGGAAAAAGCCAAAGGAGGGCAGGAUUUUGAUUUUUGUCUCUGGAACUGUCUUACUACCACAGAUGUGUCUACAGAAAAAAAAACAGUAACAUGGAAUAUAAAACAGGAGUAAUGUUGUGUAGAUGCUCAGACAUUCAGAAAAUACAGGUUAUCAGUCAGAGAGUGAUAACACAGAUGUGUUCUCAUCCAGUCUUUCCCUGGUCACAUCUAUUCAGUGUGCAUUUGGAUUUGGCAAUACACAUUUUACUUGUGCCUUGCUCUGAGAGAAAUAAAUACUUUGACAGUCACUGAUUCUUCUUGCAAAAUGAAUUGGGCACCUGUGUAGCUAGGCAAUAAGAUUACAAAAUAAAAUAUGAGACUAAAAACA